AGGUAGUUGUAAAAGUGUCCUAAAAUCUUGAAAUUCUGUCAAUAAACUACAAUUUUGACACAAGAAUCACUAACAGUAAUUGAGUAGUGUAAAUAAAAACAUUUUUGUAUAACAAUUUACUGAAAAGAUUAUUUUUUAAUACAACUGCUAUGUUUUUUUCAGAAAAGUCUACUUUCUCGCAAAACUAUCAAGUUUGGCAUACCAUUUUUAGUAUUCAUGGUGGGUGGAUCAUUUGGGUUACAAAAUUUUGCAGAAAUUAGAUACAGAUACAGAUCUGUUGAAACGGUUGACCCUAAAGAUGAAGCAAGAAAGUUAGGUUUAGAAAUUAAAAGCCCAGAGAAGACAACCAUAGAAGCUACAUAUGAAGAGUUGAAAAAGACUGAUAUUGAUCAUUGGGAAAAUAAAAGAAUACCCAGACCUGCUGGUUGGAAUUAAAUAAUGUAAAUAUCAAAGAUUAAUGUGACUCAUUAUGUACAUAUAUAUAACAAAUAUAAUCUUCAGGUAC